CUGUUCUAGUGCAUCAUUAUUGUUCUUCUCACUUUUCCAUUAAUUGCCCUGGUCGAGCUGAAAAAAAGGAGUCUACAUUCUGUUCCUAAAUCAACAAUAGCGAUUGGCCACAGUACUCUGUAUCUUCUUGAUGGCUGCUUCAAGUUUAUUUUCUCAAUGGGACCGUCAAAAGUCCUUGGAUUUAUCGUUGGAUCUGAAAACGUCGUCGCCAUCAAGCCGUCCAGAUACACCUGAAAGCAAUCCGUCGACGUCUUUUAUUCCUAUCGUCGUUGAACCACCGCAACGGGUUUACAUACCCCAACCAAAUGUUGAAAACAGAAAGGGCUUUGGCUUGCUUCGACAUGAUCGUCACAAUAUGCAAAACGACGAAAAGCCUUUAUCGCCAAUUGCAACAUCUCCGGGCCCCAAUCUUUUGAAAGUAGAUGAAAACAGGAAAACAUCCAGUCGUAGGCCAUCAUUGACUUCUUUACUAAGCUUGAAUCGCCGAUCAGAAAACGCCACGCCAUCCGCUGAAGUGACAUCCCUAGUCUCACCAUCUACACCUAGUCAAUCCCCUACAACCGCACUACAAACUCCACUUUUGCUUGAAAAGUACGGUAUCUGUCAAGACAAAAGUGUCGGAGAAGGGGCAACGGCGAUCAUUCGACUUGUACGACGUCGCGGCCACGAUACCAUUUUGGCUGCGAAGGAGUUUCGAAAGCGAUCUAGAAAUGAAAGUGAACGACAAUACAUGAAGCGAAUGACAAGUGAGUUUUGUAUCAGCAAGCCACUGGAUCACGAAAACGUAAUAAAAACCUUCGAUCUGCUUAAGGACGAUCGAGGUCGCUGGUGCACCGUGUUAGAAUGGUGUGCUGGAGGAGAUGUUUUCACCGUUUUGAAAGAUGUCGAAUUGACAGAUGACGAAAUUGAUUGUCUGUUUAAGCAGCUGGUGCAAGGCGUCCACUAUCUCCACACCAGUGGCGUGGCUCAUCGAGACAUCAAGCCUGAAAAUCUUGUCUUGACCGCCACGGGCACUCUCAAGAUUAUUGACUUUGGUGUCGCUGAUGUCGUACAAUCUUGUUUUGAAAAGGAAUCAAGGGUAUGCGCUGGAUACGUCGGUAGCGAACCAUUUCUAUCUCCUGAAGUGUUUACUGAAAAAGAAUAUGACGGCAAAGCACUGGAUGUGUGGUCAACGGCCAUCACUUGGUAUGGCAUGCAGCACAAAGCCUUACCGUUCGAUAAAGCAAAAAAGGAGGACGCCUUCUAUACAGAGUACUUGGCGGCAAGACGACAACGGAAUUGGCCACCACUGGUGCUAUGUAACAUAAAAGAACGUGAAUGCCUCUACGGUAUGCUUGAUCCAGACCCUACUCGACGCUGGACAAUCGAGAGGGUUCUGAAUUGCGCAUGGCUGGAAAACGUCGAAACCUGCCAAUAUGCACAUACUAGCAGCGGUGCAGAGCACCACCACUACAUAAAAGCUUUGGAUAAGAAGUCGUGACCAAGCAAUGUAUAUUUUAUCAACUGUAAUAUAUUAUAUCCGUAAAUUUGCUUGGUCAUCCAAA